UACAACCUAAUAACCCAAUAAUUUCCUUACUAGUCACUUAUCAAUAAUCAUUAAUUGCUUAGUAAAAAUGUCCUCACAUAGGUAUUUCUCAAUGUUCUUCCAUGCAAUAGUGUUAGCAGCACUUGCAACCAAAACAUUUUCAGCACUCACAACAAAUUAUUAUGACUACACAUGCCCUAAUGCUUUGAGCACUAUUAGAAGUGUUGUUGAAGCUGCAGUUGAAAAAGAGAAUCGUAUGGGUGGCUCUUUACUACGCUUGCAUUUUCAUGAUUGCUUUGUUAAUGGUUGUGAUGGUUCAAUUCUUCUAGACUCUACACCUUCGAUGGACAGUGAAAAAAAUGCAAAUCCAAAUAUAAAUUCAGCAAGAGGAUUUGAAGUUGUUGAUGAGAUUAAGGAUGCUGUUGAUAAAGCAUGUGGAAAACCAGUUGUUUCUUGUGCAGACAUUUUGGCUGUAGCUGCAAGAGACUCUGUCGUUGCGUUAGGAGGACCAUCAUGGAAAGUGAAACUAGGAAGAAGAGACUCAAAGACAGCAAGUCGUGCCGAUGCAGAUUCAGGCAAUAUCCCCGGACCAGCAUUCAGUCUUUCUCAACUCAUCAAAAACUUCGACAAUAAAGGCCUAAACGAAAAAGACCUCGUUGCCCUAUCUGGAGCACACACUAUUGGAUUUUCGCGCUGUCUUUUAUUUAGAGACCGAAUCUACAAUGACAAAAACAUCGAUGCAAACUUCGCAAAACAGCUUCAAGACAUUUGUCCCAGAGAAGGCGGAGACUCCAACCUUGCAGCUCUGGACUGUGUUACACCGGCAAAAUUCGAUGAGGCAUAUUACAUGGAACUGAUUAAAAAGAAAGGGCUUCUUCAUUCGGAUCAGGAAUUAUUGAAUGGUGAUUAUACUGGAUCGUUGGUUAGAAAGUAUAGGCGCGAUACAAGUGCUUUCUACAACGACUUUGCGAAAUCUAUGAUUAAGAUGGGAAAUAUUAAGCCACUUACUGGGAGUCAAGGUGAAAUUCGUUCAAAUUGCAGGAGAGCCAAUUAAUUCAUCAAGAUAUUGUUAAGCAUUAUAUGUAUUAGUUCUGCAUAUAUAAGUUAAUAAGAGGAGCACUUGAAUUUGGUUGUUCACAAGUGUGAUAAAUUAAAGUUUAUGAUAGAAAAAAAUGUAAUCUUUUGUAUUGUUUUGGAUUCUAUUCAUUUCUGUUUAAUAUUGUUAUGAUUAAGGGAUUGAUUUGUAUUAAUUUAA